UCUUUGAAUUUCUUUUUGUUCCUUUUAUUAAGGAUUAAUUUUCUCAUUUUUUGCAUGAUCUGUUCUGUACUUUAGCCAAAUACUCUGUUAGCGCUUUCAAGUUAAUAGGAUUUUUCUCCCUUGCAUUUCGUUGGAUUUUGUUAAGAAAUUUGAGGAAAUCUUGGACUUUUGGGGUUUUAGGGUUUUUGUUAAUUCUUGUAAACAUUACUUCGCUUUGGUUUGAUUUCGCAUUUAGGAAAUCAUUAAUCAGCUUCUUAGUUUUGUUUCUGUUAAUUCUUUGUUAUCAUUUCUAGCACUGGUGUGGGUAUGUUACAGAUUGCGAACUAAAUACAUUUCAAAAUCUUCAUUAGUGUGAUAGAUCUUGGCUUUUGCGUUUCCGUAUUUUAUCGGAAUAGAAAUCAUGGCUGAUUAUCGAGAUGAUGAUCCAAAAUCACGUGAUUCUUCUUCGCGUAUUUGCACUUUUGAUUUCCAGGUUUUCGGUAGAGUUUUGAUUCGAGCUGCUGAGCGAAAGAGAGGAGCAAAAUGUCGGGAUCUGAGACUGGUGUGGUGACGAGUAGGGAGCCCUUUAGCAUCGGCGUUCAGAAUAGCUCCUUACAGUCGCAGGCGGCGGCCCAAAACAUGCGAUUAACCUUCAGCGCCGAUGGUACGGCCGCGUACAAGCCUGUAACUCCUUCAACCUCACCGGCCUAUCAGUCCUCCAUGGUCGGAGUUUCUGGUAAUGACGGAAUUGAGGGAUCAGCUGGUGGGGGGUCUAUAUUGCCUCAUGGUUUCAACAUAAAUUCGGUGGGCAGCGAGCAAACAAAGAAGAAAAGGGGGAGGCCGAGGAAGUAUGGACCAGAUGGCUCCAUGGCAUUAGCUUUAGGUUCUGGGCCGCCUUCAGGAAGUGGAGGUUUUUCUCCUUCAACUAUGGCUAAUCCUGCUUCAGAGGGAUUAGCCUCACCAAAUUCAAUGAAGAAAACUAAAGGCAGGCCACAUGGUUCUAAGAAAAAACAACAAUUGGAAGCUUUGGGACCAGCUGGUAUUGGAUUCACUCCACAUGUUAUUGAUGUGAAAGCCGGAGAGGAUGUAUCGUCGAAAAUAAUGUCUUUUUCUCAGAAUGGCCCUAGGGCUAUAUGUAUCCUCUCUGCAAAUGGAGCAAUAUCGAAUGUGACAUUACGUCAAUCUGCUAUAUCUGGUGGAACUGUUACUUAUGAGGGCCGGUUUGAAAUCCUGUCACUCUCAGGUUCAUUUCUGCUGUCUGAAAAUGGUGGUCAGAGAAGCAGAACUGGUGGUUUGAGUGUGUCUUUGUCUGGUCCAGACGGCCGAGUGUUGGGUGGUGGUGUGGCGGGUCUUCUCACGGCUGCAUCUCCUGUUCAGGUGGUCGUGGGAAGUUUCGUAGUCGACAGCAACAAGGAACCGAAGUCAGACAGCCAAACAGAACCCGUCUUCGCCUCGCAAAUGCCAAACCCAGUUGGCUUUGGUCACUUAACAGGAGGAGGAGGAGGAGGAGGAGCCAGUAGUCCUUCUCACGGGACGCCUAGUGAGUCUUCCAGUGGCGACCCUGACAGCCCCCUUAACAACAGCUCUGGAGCCCGCGACGACAACAACAACAACCAUCCACAGGGCAUGUCUGGCAUGCCAUGGAAGUAAGUAUCCUAGCAAUUCAAUCUAGCUGUGACACAUGACACAUCGCAUCCACACAUGGGUGUUGUAUUUCAAAAAAGUUUCAGUUUUUAGCAUGAUAAUAGCAAGAGCAAGUUAGGGAGAGAUUCAGUUUCUGAUGUUUUGGUGAUCAAACCCGGUUUGUCAGAUUGUAUCAUUGAGUUUUGAGGUUAGAAGAAGAGUUGGUUUUAGAUAGGCUGUUAGUUCUGUAACUGCAUUGUUUACCUUAAUCAAUUGCUUUCCCCUUGUUAUCUCAA